CCUCCGCGGUGCGCGGGCUCCCGGGACCCUGGGCGCGGGCGGUCGCCGUUCCGGCCCCGGCCCCGAGCGCGGCCCCCGGGGCUGGCCGCCGGCCCCACCCGCAGCAGGCGCGCGGGGCGCUAACAGUCCUGGGGGCCUCGGUUCCCGGGGCGGGAUGGCCGGGCCCCGCCGGGCAGCGCAGAGGAAGGGACGCUCUAGGAGCAGGCGCGCAGACCCGGCCGCAGCCCGCGUGCACGGGGACACGGGGGGCGAAGAACGCAGCCUCGCCGGGUGCUGGUGCCAGGGGAGGAUGCCGUCGCGGCGCCGGGCUCGCUUUCUGUGCCGCCGACCUUAGGGGCGAAGGCGACCUUGCCCGUCUCUCCCGCCGAGUGUGACCCGCUGCUCCGAGGCCCCACCACCAGGUAACCCCGCCGUCGGGGCCCCUUGCGCGACCCCCAGACCCAUCCUCUCCUCGCUUCUCAGCGACCGAGAAAGUCCACAAGCUGCGAGGUGCAAUGAACCGGUUCAAUUCACCGCGCUUAUUGUUGUUUGGAGGUGAGUGCCAGGCCCGCAGGACUCGACCCUCUAGAGCCAACAGCGGUUCCGGUAAUUGGUGCCUUUUCUACAACAGCUAAUCUCAGGUUAAGAGAGAUGGAGAGCUCCACAAGGAUUUGGAGAAGAGUCCCAAUAAUUAUUAAAAUUCUGGACUAGAUCGAUUAGGAAAGGUAAAGAAACCAAAAGUCGACUGGGUUAAAAGGAGUUGUAAUGGUUUAGUAAAGCUUUUCAAAUAGAGAUGUCAACUAGGCGUUAUGCCUUGCUGGAGGACUAAACAAGAGAAAGCGGGUUUAGGAGCCAACCUAGGGCUUUAAGUGAGAGCCAGUUAAGACAUAGUUCUGAUAAUUGAACUUUAAGGAGGUUUAUUGAGGCAGCUCUUUGGGGAAUUUUUUAAAAAGAUUUUAUUUAUUUAUUCAUGAGAGACACAGAUGGAGAGGCAGAGACACAAGAAGCAGGCUCCAUGCAGGGAGCCUAACCGGGGACUCAAUCCCGGGAAUCCAGGAUCAAUCACAUCCUGGGCUGAAGGUGCUAAACUGCUGAGCCACCCGGGCUGCCCUCUUUGGAGAAUUUUUUUUAAAAGAUAGAUUUAAGUGUGUCAUUUUGAGCAAAGAAACUAAUGUUUCUGAUCAAGAAGGGGUCCCACGGUUUCAGUCACUUUUGCAUAUAUUAAUUCAUCUUUAUAAUGACCCCAUGAGAUGGAUAUUACUGUCCCCAAUCUAUUCAAAGGUUAAACAAUUUAUUCAAAAUAAUUUAGUUGAUGAUGAGCAGCAAAGUUAGGAUUUGAAUCCAGCCAUCUUUUGUCACAUUCCUUCCCCCAUAAGCCAGCUUCCUCUAAGGGAAAACUAGAUAAUGAGCCAAAGGACCAAUGAGACUUCAGUUUCCUGAACUCAUUCAGAACAGAAAUAGUAUCUUGCUCAGUUGCGUUUGCCACACCUCCAUAGUACCUAAUCCCUAGUAAGGGGUUCAGUAAAUAUGUUCAUAUUGAAUUGAUUUGACCUUGAUCCUGUCUGAAGAGGCAAUGUUUCAACAAAGUCACCAAUGAAGAGGAGUCUGUCAUUCAUUUGGGAAGAAUAUUACAAGCAGAGGGAACAGCAAGUACAAAGAUCCUGAGGUAGGAAGAUGCUUAGUUGUAUUUGAGGAACAGCCAAGUCAAUAUGAUUGGAGCUGAGUGGAAGAGAAGACAGGUAAGAGUUGCCUUUGGAGAGGAAGCCAAGGGUCAGAUUCUUUAGUGCCACUGCCGUCACUUAAAAAAGACUUAGUCCCAGGAACACUGGAUCAACAGAUUAUGAUGUUUUACAAGAGAAAUAAAAUAUGAUUAAGCUCUUAGAAAUAUUAAUGAUUUAUUGAAUGGCUAUUACAUGCCAGGUAAUGGGAUAGGACAUUAAAGUGCAUUAUCUCAUUAAUUUUGCAGAGUUAGCUAGUAUCUCAGAAAAUGGGAAAAUGGAAAUAUUAAAUAAUGUGGUUCACAAUUAGUGGCAGACAGGAUUCAACCCGGGUCUCUUUGAGUCCAAAGCCUGCUCUUCAUACUAUACCACAUUUUCUUGUUUGAAAGAUAAGGAAGAAGGAAUUCAUGCAUGUACACACUUAGCAAUUAUUAAGUAAAAACUUAAUAAAAAAUUAUUGUUCGUUACUCUGUGAGAGACUGUAGAAAUAGUCUUAAAAUGUAAUACAGCAUUUUAAAAUUGUUUUGUAUGAUUAUAUUCUUACCAGUUGUCUGUUUUUACAACUUUGCAGGUAAAUGGACUAUAAGGCACUUGCCCAAGAAACUGCACUAGAAAUUUUAGGGUACAAUCAAGACACAACAGGCUGGAAAGUGGUUAAGACUUCAAAAAAGAUAACUGUUUCCAGCAAGGCUUCUAAAAAAUUCCAUGGAAAUCUAUAUCGUGUUGAAGGAGUGAUUCCAGAAUCGACAACUAACCUAUCUGAUUUCCUCUACAAACCUGAAAACAGAAUUACAUGGGAUAAAGCAUUAAAAGUGUACAAUAUGGUACACAGGAUUGAUUCGGACACAUGCAUAUGUCAUACCAUCACACAAAGCUUUGCCAUGGGCUCAAUCUCCCCCCGGGACUUUGUCGACUUAGUGUACUUCAAGCGCUGUGAAGGGAAUAUGGAUAUUAUCAGUUCUAACAGUGUGGAUUUUCCAGCAUAUCCUCCAUCUUCAAAUUAUGUCCGUGGUUAUAACCAUGCUUGUGGCUAUAUAUGUUCUCCUCUGCAAGAGAACCCAGCACAUUCCAAACUAGUGAUGUUUAUUCAGACAGAAAUGAGAGGAAAAUUGUCCCCAUCCAUAAUUGAAGCAACCAUGCCUUCCAACUUGGUAAGCUUCAUCCUCAAUGCAAAGGACGGAAUAAAGGCACUGAGAAGUCCAUCGGGAUGCGGACACCAUCAGGGUGGUCACUCAUCGUUCCUAAAGAAUUAAGGCCGUAGAAAACAUGUGUGGCAAUGACUGCAGUUUACUUCCAAGUCAGUAUGCAUAAAUACCGUUACACUAUUCUAGACAAUAUCCUUGUACAAAUUACUGAAGGCACUUUGUGAAAAUAAGAACUCAUAGUUGUACAAGAGAAUAGCAUUAAAUAUAGCUUUUAAUCUCUUAUAAGAAUGAUGUUAAUAACAAAUGUUCUUAAUGCACUUUUAUCUGUUGCUUUUUUCCCCUGGAAAAUGCUCUGUAAAAGAAUCAGUAAGAAAAAAUACGCAGUCAGAAGUCAGCAUUAAUUAAAAACUAAAAUAUAUUUUAAA